AAUUCAGAUACAAAGAUUGAACUAUGUUUUCUGAUUGAGUAUCUCUAGACUUCUGCACAGGUUGCAAACCACGUGACCCAAUGCGGAAGCUGGCACAAUUGUAGUCGCAAAGGCGAGUGGAUACAGAAGUGAAUGUUCGCAGGUGGUCGGAAUAAACUACACAUUUCGACUUCAACGCCCCACUUUGAUUUAAGGCAGCGUUUACAGCGCAAAGGUGCACGAUCUUCCAAAAAACAGAUUCUGAACUGCGAGGGUGUACUUGAGGCCAGGCAGUGUUGAGAGAGAUGAGCGUGCUGUGAGCAUCAGUGGGACUUAGACAGACACCGGGAGUUUGUGGACGUGCCUGUGAGGGGAUGGCUACAGCCAGAAAGAAAUCCACAGAGAAGACGGGGGGGGGGGGGGGGGCGUGCGUUUCUCCGAGGAGGCGUCCGCUGCCCCCUCCCACGUGCACUUUGACGAGAAACUGCACGACUCGGUCGUCAUGGUGAUCCCGGAACCCGAUGGCAACUUCCUGGUCAAGGUUGGCUUCCUGAAGACCCAGCACAAGUAUGAGAUAGUCUUCACCCUGCCGGAGUUCCCCUCCCUGGGGAAGGAGGUGUGCCCUGCCCCCAUCCCCAAUCCUCACCUCCGCAUCACAGACAUAUCCCCAGGAACUGACGGGGGUCUGAGGGUGACGUGUGAGUACGUGGCCCAACACGAGGGGGUGCUCUGUGAGGAGGUGUUGCUGGUGAGCGAGACCAAGGAGGACACGUGCAUCAGGGUCAAAGUUCACGCCAGAGUCAUGGACCGCCACCAUGGUACCCCUAUGCUGUUGGAGGGAGUGCGCUGCGUGGGAGCAGAGCUAGAGUACGACUCUGAACAGAGUGACUGGCAAGGAUUUGAUUAGAAGAGAUCUCGAGUACCACCACCCACCCUUCCCAAGCACACACACACACACACACACCACACAAACACACACUGGCACAAAUACACACACAAAAGACUGUGUCACGUGUGACAUUUCACCUUAUCCUCAAUCAUCCCGACAUGCCCUUGAUUCUUAAGGAGACCAGGGCAGACAGUGGACAGUGGUUUAAUCUGUCUGAACCAGAACAGGAAUUACAUGAAUACCUAAGGUAUAUCUAACACAGGCCCGAUUUCCUCUCAAAUAGAUUUAGAUUGACUUAUACUUAUUUAAAACUACUUUGAAUGUUACUCUGGUACUGCUUCUGUGUUUGUAUGGUCUUUCAACUGAGUUUCUGUUUAACUAUUGUCAGUCUUCUAAAUUGUUUUUGAACUUAUCCAGCCUAUUAUAGUUAAUAAUUACUUCCAAGGUUAAUCUGUCUCCCAAGGGCAGUCGUGACUCACUCCUACCACAGGGGGCGCUCAAGACCUCACUGUGCUCGCAUUUGAGAAACUGAGAAAUGUGUUUGAUUUGUUAAAACCUUUUUGGGGACUUUUGGUUUUCCAUUUGAAAUGCAAGUGCCUAUUUUGCUCUCCAGUUAAAAGCUUUGAGAGAGAAAAAAUCAGCUCCCAGGGCUUGGAGAAAGUCUGAGUGUUUUUAUCAAAUUACAUUUUACGUGUAGAAUUUGUUUUUAUAUUUAGACAUGACUCGUGACAUUGAUUGGCAGCAUGAAACACUGGGUGGGCAGAAUUUAGCACUACACCCUUAUAGACGUUCCCUCCUCUCUCCCCCAUUCAAAUGGAUCCUGUGUCACAAAUCAACACAAAUAUCCUAAUCUUACCAUCUUCAUGUCCCUUCUACGUGCUUAUAGAUGCCUAUAGGCCGUGCUUAUAGAUGCCUAUAGGCCGUGCUUAUAGAUGCCUAUAGGCCUAAAUAAGUAUUUUGGGGGUGAUUUCUGGUAAAUGUAGUCCAUUGCAAAGAAGCCGGUCUGCUGGUCUUGCACCAUGACAGACCAGAGAUAUCCUGGUUGAGUGUUUGGAGUAGGGUUAGUGGUGUGGGAAAAACAUACUCAUUUGUGAAGCAACUUUCCAGCCAGGAAUGUAGCAUCUAGAAUUAGUCAAUACUGGUCAAUACUUGUGUUCCCUGUGUAUGUGUGACAUAGUGUUUUUUGUGUUUUUCUUAUGCCAUGAAAUAAUAAAUGGUACUUUUGAACAGAAA